AGGAAAUCCGGAGCUACCACUGAGAUUCUGCGGGGAGCAGCAGUCCCCGGGCAUACAUUGGGGAGUCGCAGAGGUCCCCUCUCGGCUUCGAGAAACGAAGAGAGCCGGGGUGUCCAUUGGCCUUGAGAGCAGUGACGUCAGGAGCCCAGCGCGCGAAACCGCAGAGGGAUUGAGGGGGGGUGUGUGUGAGAAAAUGAGGGCGGGGCCUCACUUCUUGCCCCAUCCGCUGCUGCGGUAGCGGCACAGAAGGCAGCGGAGACUGACAGGCUGCUGGAAGAAUCAAAGGAGACUCAGGAGAGCCCCUUCACAGUCCAGGACCCCCGGCCGCGCUCCGGGUAAUUGCACCUCAGCCAGUGGAAUCCUCUUCCCCAGCUUUGUAACGGGACGCCCCCCGACCUCUUCGCGAAAGGGAAGACGCGCCUGCGCAGCACGAGAAGGGAGUGGGCUAGAGUCCAAGACCCCAGGCCUGGGGGCGGGACGCGUGCGCAGACUGAGGGGCUGGGGGAGGGAGGGCGAGCUGCUGGGGGGCCCCGGUGCUACUGAGAGCGCGCCCCCCUUCCCCGCCUCCGUACGAGCUCCCGGGCCAUGGCGUUCCUCUCGGGCCCGCGGUUGCUGGACUGGGCCAGCUCGCCCCCACACCUGCAAUUCAACAAGUUCGUCCUGACGGGCUACCGGCCGGCCAGUAGCGGCUCUGGCUGCCUGCGCAGCCUCUUCUACCUGCACAACGAGUUAGGCAACAUCUACACCCACGGCUUGGCCCUCCUGGGUUUCCUGGUGCUGCUGCCCCUGACCAUGCCCUGGGGACAGCUGGGAGGGGGCGGCUGGCUGGGGGGAACACACUGUGUGGCCUGCCUGGCGCCCCCUGCAGGCUCUGUGCUCUACCACCUCUUCAUGUGCCACCGUGGGGGUAGCCCUGUCUACGCCCGGCUCCUUGCCCUCGACAUGUGUGGGGUCUGCCUCGUCAACACCCUCGGAGCCCUGCCCAUCAUCCAUUGCACCCUGGCGUGUCGGCCUUGGCUGCGUCCAGCAGCCCUGGUGGGCUAUACUCUCUUAUCUGGGUUGGCAGGCUGGCGAGCCCUCACUGCCCCCUCAACUAGUGCCCGGCUUCGGGCCUUUGGCUGGCAGGCAGGAGCACGACUGCUGGUGUUUGGGGCUCGAGGGAUGGGGCUGGGAGCAGGAGCCCCAGGAUCCCUGCCCUGCUAUCUUCGAAUGGACGCAUUAGCGUUGCUGGGGGGGCUAGUGAAUGUGGCCCGGCUGCCUGAACGCUGGGGGCCUGGCCGCUUUGACUACUGGGGUAAUUCCCAUCAAAUCAUGCAUCUGCUCAGUGUUGGCUCCAUUCUACAACUGCAUGCUGGUGUUGUACCUGAUCUGCUCUGGGCUGCCCGCCAUGCGUGUCCUACGGACUGAGCUGUUUUUUUAAUCUGCAAAAAAAUGCUCCCAUUCCUUGAAGCUGUAGAGGGUUCUUUUUUUUCCUUCAAGACCCCCCCAAAAGCUAUAGCCUUGUUUUUCCCUUAGGUCUCCCUUUUCAAGUCGAUAGAGCUUUCUCACGUUGCCUAAUCAUGAGCUCUUCUUUAGAGUACCAAAGACUCUCAUUUGAGUUUCCUAAAUGUGUACUCUUUUCCUUCCUCAGGUCUGUAAAGGGUUGUCCAACUCUAUAACAUUCCUUAUUUUUUUCAUCUCCUCCAGAAUACAUUCUCACAGCCUGUCAUAUUUUCUAGAGCUUUUUCAGUGAUGAUAGCUCACCCCCAGAAGUAGUAUGACGUGACUGAAUGACUAACAGCAUCAGGAAUCAAUGGAUUAUAGCCCUUCACUAUUCUAUCUCUGUACUGUGACCUUAAGACAAGGGCCUUGGGUUCCUUAUCUGUAAAAUGAGGAGCGAGUGAUGUAAGUUUUAUAAUUCUGAAACUUAAUAUUUCAUCUAGGUUUCCAACUCUAGAUGUUUGCACAUAUGCCCUUUUUCAGAGCCAGUAGUAAAUAACCUUACUAUCUAAACCUUCUUUGUCCUUCACUAAAUUGGAUUGGGAGCAGUGAGGGACUCCCCACCUCCUCCAAUGUCUGGUGGCUUUUAAGUACCACCUCUCAGCAUUUGCACAACUGAAGUCUCCUUCCUUGGCAUGGUAGCCCCUUAUAUUAACUUUGUAAAAGCUCCAUCUCUUGAUUCCCUUU